UCGGCAUCCGAAAGUUUGUUGUCUGAAAAUUGUGAAAAUUCAUUGAAAUUUUCGAGUGCUUAACAUCCAAAAAGUGUUUCUGUCGGAUCCUGGUGCGCGAAUAAAUCGUUGCAGUGCUUCGAACUAUCCCAUUCGCAACGGCAAAACUGCUAUUCUUUGUUUCCUUUUUCGACUUUUUCCCCUUUCGAGAGAAGUGCGAAAUAUGUGCGUUCCAUUGCGGCGGGUGUCGAAAAUAAGAUGUCUACACCUGUAAAGCGUAAAAUUACACUCGAGCUCAAUCCGAAUAAAAAAGUUCUUCCCAAGGAUCGCCCCAGCGUGUUCCAGCGGCUCGGAACCAAAAAAUUCCAAACAUCGGUCACUGGCGGAAGCGGUCCCGUAAAGCUACACCAGGAACAAGAUUCGACUGUCAACAAGGAAGAGAUCGUCAAGCGCAUUGUUGGCUGUGACGAUCCCGAACCGGUUCCACCUCCGAAGAUUGUACCGGAGAGUGUCUCGGCGCACGCCAGACUCAUUGAAGCGCAGCUUGCAGCCAAACUCGGCAAGGUUAUAGUUAGCAGAGGCGAAACUAUUGGCGCUGUUGUAGGCCCAUCGAACGUGGGUAACGUUUCCAACCGGAGCGAAGCGGAACGUGGUAGUGGUGGUGGUGGGGGUGGACACAGCGUUACGUCGACCAUAGAACGAGGUGGGCCUGGUGGUGGUAGUAGUUCCGCACCAUCAGGUGGAGGCGGCGGAGGUGGUGGCUGGGAUCAAUCCAGUCUGGAGAAUGCUGAUCAGGACAUUCUAGAGCGCAAACGAAAAGAAUUACAGCACGAGCUGAAACUAGAGAUGGACGCCAGUGGAGGUGGAAGCAGUCAUCAUCACCACCAUCAUCAUUCUUCAUCGUCAAUGAUGAAGCAAAAAUCCGCUAAGGAGACGCUGGUAGUGAAGAAGAUUCGCAAGGUACCGGCACCACGUAGGUCUUCCUCUAGUUCGGAUAGUUCGAGCAGCAGUGGAUCGGAUUCAUCAGACUCGGAUUCAAGUUCUAGCUCGAGCAGUUCCAGCCGAGAUUCUAGAAGAGUGAAGAAACGAGCCGUUAGGCAACGACGCGAUUCUAGCUCUAGCUCGGAUGGGGGCGGAGGCAAAAAAGUUGCCAAGAAGCAUGUCAAAAAGGUUUCUGCAGAUGGAACUAAGCGAAUUGUAACUAAGAAAAUCGGAGGUCAUUUAACUAAGAUUCGCGUCAAGAAAGUUACGAGCCCUGGUGGAACAACCAGUCAUAUUCGUAAAGUUGCCAGGGAAGUUUCUCCUAGCGGAAAGACACCGACAAAAUACACCGUCAAAAAAGUGGUGGCUUUGAAGAAAGAAAAACAUGUUGCCGUUGUUGAUGCACGUGAACGUGUUCGCGAAAAGGAACGUGAAUUAGCUCUCCGGGAGAAGGAACGCGAAAGAGAAAAAGAACGUUUGCGUCUUCGCGAAAGAGAACGGGAACGGGAACACGUCAAGAGUCGCUCUCCAAGAGCGCACAUCCGAUCCCGUUCGCCACGGGCACGAAUAUCGCCGACUGUUGUACCGGUUUCUGCCCGCGGAAGAGAGAAGAAAAAAUCUCCUGAAGGAUCUAGAUAUAGAGAACCGGUUGCAGCCGUGGUUAGACGACCAGAGCGUUCCCCGGAACGCAUUGACGAUCGGCGAAGACAUGAAACGCUGAAAGAUCGUGAACGUCGUGAAAGGCAGGAACGGGGAGAACUUGCCAGGACCAAGGAACGCGAAGAAGCGCUUGCUCGUUGUCAGGAGCGACAGCGUGAACGGGAACGCCUCGCCGCUGCUAAAGAGAGACCAGCUCCCCGACGCGAACGAGAAAAUCCUGUUGAUGGCGGUUUGGACAAACCCGAUCGCCAUCGGCCAGUUGAACGACUUUUGCCACGUCCAGCAGAACGUGCGCGAGCUUUGGCUGCUGCUAGAUCUCCUGGUAAAAUCGAUCACGACCGUAGCCGUACUCCUAACUCACCGAGAAGCCGUGAUCGGCUCGCUCCUCGGGAGCGAUCAUUUGACCGUGGUGUCGUGGAAAGAGGAUUUAUAGAACAUCAUGAUCGUCGUACUCGUUCCAGGGAACGAGAAUAUGUGGCCCCUAUUGUUAGGGGCGCAAGGAGCCGUGAUAGUCCAUAUGACCGUCAUGCAGCUGCCCCAGCUCGAGAUACCCGAGAGUACAGGGAACCUGAAGGCCGGCCCGCUUACGACAGAGAAAGAGGUCGCAGCCAAGACUAUGGUCGCACCGAAUACCCGGAUGAUCCUCCACCAAGACGAGAACUUGAUAGAGAAUGGGAACGGAACCGUGAACCAGAUCGUGCACCACCAGCGCCGCGUACGUAUGAAAGACGUGAAGAACACGGUCGAGAUUGGGAUCGUGAGCACUGUCGUCCACCACAUAGCCACAGCCAUGAACCUGAUUCUUAUCAAGGUCCGUCUAGGAACUGGGAUGAAUCACGCUGGAAAGAAGCUGAUGGUUGGGUUAACGAAAAGGAACGGAAUGAAUGGAAGUUCAAGGAGCGUGCAUGGGAACACGACGAUCAUCCAGCUGUGGGGCCGCCGACGCAUUCUCACAGUCAUAGUGGUGGUCGUCGAUGGCAACAUACACAUCCUGAGCCGAACCAAGGACCAAAUUGGCAUGGUAAACCAAAAGAAGAUAUGGAGUUUGGCCCACGCCACAAAUUGGCCGGAAGGCUCGGUGAUAGAGUCGGGAAUGACAACACAAUGUUCCGACGGCAGCACCAAGGCCAUCAGCCAAUGUUUCAACGCCACGGUCGUAAUGGACCCCCCGCAGGAAUAGCUCCAGGUCGUUUUGGAAAUCAGAAUAAGUAUAGCAUCAAUCGCACUCAGCAAAAUCUUGCAGCCCAACAUCAACAUCCACACCAACAUCCGCCACUCCAACAACGGCAGCAGCAAGAACAACAAACACAAGGAUCACAACCUAUUGGCCCAGGACCCUCUAAUCAGUUAAGUCAAUCAGGACCAGCCCCACCAGGUCCAUUAAUCAUCGACUCCAACGUACAACCACCGGUCUCAACGCCAACGACAACUUCUAAUGAACCUAAAGAUGAUCUUCCACCUCUGAUUCACCCGAUUCCCCAAGUAUCUGAAGGGAUUCCAGCUGUUAAACCCGUCGAAGAAUCACAAACUCAACAAAGUCCAUUAACUGUUGUUACCGUUACUACUGCUGCUCCUGUAGACAGUGCAACAUCUACUGGACCUGCCGAAAGCGUCGAAUCUACAGAUAAUGCAGCAAUACCCGACGCAGUGGAACAAGGUACGGUAACCAACGCAGCGGCCACGACAGAGAAACCUCCCGAGCCGGUUGUUGCUCCUCCUGAGCCCAUGGAUGAGGACAAUCUCAGCGAAAUCAGCGACGAUCCGGAUGAUAUCUUGACUAGAGAAGAAGAUGAUGAUUUCACCGAUUCCUUACUGGUUGCCGGAGAGGCUAGUGAUCAGCCUAAUACGGCCAAACUCUCAGGAUCUGCACCAGUCGUUCUCAAUUCGUCCUCUAUGAUGAUUCCAUCGCAAGUGAUUCAAAAUCAUUCACAACAGUCUCAACCACAACAACAACAACAGCAACAGCAGCAAAAUCAACAGCAACCCUCCGGCAUAAAGCGUCCUUUUUUAUCUAAAGCUCGCUACAAAUCCUACGAUGGGUGUAUCGGGGGAUCAAUCCAAGAUCUCUACGCGAAUAUCGAUGACGUUGGGACGUCGUUUCGAACCGGCCCCGGAGUAAGCC